CACAGUACAGGAGAUGACCAGAGACUGCAGACACAGUACAGGAGAUGACCAGAGACUGCGGACAUAGUACAGGAGAUGACCAGAGACUGCGGACAUAGUACAGGAGAUGACCAGAGACUGCGGAUGUACUACAGCAGAUGACCAGAGACUGCGGACGGGAGGGGAGCCGGUACCCAAAUUUGACAGGUACCCACUCCCACUUCCGUGGAGUUGUCCUCCCUCCCCAUCUUCUGGGACUGCCGGACCAUUCCCAAAGUACAGCGCUUCUCGGCAUGCGCAGUGGGCACCCUUCUGUGAAGCCACAAGGUGUCACAAGGGUGCCUAAGCUAAAGAUGCUGGUGCCGGGGAGAGAAGACAUUGAGGAUACCGCUGGACCGAGGAACAGGUAGGACCGAGGAGCAGGU